GUCCCUACGCUGCCUCCCUCCCUCUCCUUCUCUCUGCCUGGCUCUUUCUCUCCCGGGAGACAGACUUAAAUACAGCUGGGAGAGACGCAGCAUUACAGCUGCCUUUGGUUUCACUACAGCUGGACCGACAGGGCGCUCAACGCACUUUCACAAAUCCCCACUGCAGUAAUACAGGGGAGGACACACACACACACACACACACACACACACACACACACACACACACACACACACACACACACACACACACACACACACACACACACACACACACACACACAUUCCCGCCCACUUUCAUACUUUCUAAUCACACACACACGCUACGUUUUCCUGCCACAGCAAAUCCCACUGACACACACGGAGGCAGUCAGGCAGACGGCGGGACAGUGAGUUUAGGGAGCAGCCAGAGCAGGAGUGCGAGGGCGACGAGGCGUGGGAUUGGAUGACACCAAGAGCCAGGCUGAUACUAGCGAGAUCCCGGGGAUUACGUCCACUUCUUAACUCUACUCCCCCACAACCAAACGAGACAGAAGUCUGGAAACUUUUUCCCAGUUUUUUAAUUUUUUUGCUAUUUUAACGCCAUUUCGUUUUUCUUUCUUUUUUUAUGUUGGACCUACUCCGUGAACAUGGCAACCCACCGCCCGCGUGUUGUCAUAUAAGACAUUCCUCAGUUCAUCCACUCGUUGAUCCGUUUCACCCCUCAAACACCCAGAGACGUGCACACGGACACUUCCCUCCCUUUGAAGCCGGCCCCUGUGGGACAGCGUCGGGCCCCGCCCGGCGGGCCGACCCCAGCAGCGCCGCCAUGUCCUGGGACUGUGGGCUGAGGUACAUGUUCUCUGUCCCCACCGCCCUGCAGCUGGCCGGCGUGUGCGCACUCCGAGACGGCAGCGGCGGUGGCGGUGGCGGCGUUCGCCGUGGAGGUGUUUGUGUCAGCAGCGCUGGAGGAGGAGGAGGAGGAGGAGGAGGUGGAGGAGGAGGUGGAGGAGGAGGUGGAGGUGGAGGAGGAGGUGGAGGCAGAGAGGAGUUGACUAGCCGGCUGGGGCUGGAGGCCGUGCAGCGGCUAGCCAAGGACGGCUGUCGCCUCCUGCAGAACCACAACUACCGUCUGCCGGAGAGGAACCCCGCGGAGGCGGUGGGGAGGGUGUGUCUGAAGGAGAGGGGGCGGGACGUCCUGGUGCUGCAGAGGGUAUCGUCAACGGUUACGUCCCCGUCUGACCGCCCCUCUCCCACCUCUUCAGGGGGCGGGGCCAGGGAGGAGGACGGAGACAGGAGGUAUGUAGUGGUGUCCGGGACGCCCCUGAAGAUCCUGGAGCACCUGCUGAGCGACCUGCGGCUGGAUGAGGAGCGAGGAGCGCCCGAGAGCCGGGACAGCGAGGUGCUGCUGGAUGACUUCCUGUUGACGUACCUGGUCUUCAUGUCCACCAGCGACCUCUGCCAGGCGCUGCUUGGCCACUACAGCAGUGUGCGCUGCAGGGGUCAGGAGGAAGGGAAGGACGCCCUCUUCAGGAAGCGCAAGGUACUGCAGCUGGUGUCUCACUGGAGCCGGCUAAACAAGGACUUCCUCCGGGACGAGGAGCAUGUCAAGGGUUUCAUGAAGACUCUGUACAGGUGUGUGUUAGAGGACCUCUAUGAGUUCCCCACUCUGGAGAAAGACCUGAAGGAGUUUCAGAAGCUGCUGCGCCGCAGACACACGGUGGAUGACUGCCCUCCAUCUCAGAAGACUAAGGCUCUACACCAGCAGUUGAGUUUGAAGGAGAACUGUGUGCAGCUCAGAAGCCCAAAGAGUGAACACAGAGAAGUCAUUUGUCACGUGCACGUGAGCGUGGACUCGUACCUGAGCGUGCACACCCACCGCAUGCUGGAGGCUAACGAGCUGCUCAGGAUUGUGGGAUCCAAGCUGGACCGGUCCGAGGAGGAGAUGGUGCUGGCGGUGGUCUCGCACACAGGAGAGCGUCGUCUGCUGCAGCCCAGUGACUGCGUGUAUUCAGAGUCUCUCACCCCUCAAGGCAGACUGGCAGUCUGUCGCAAGGACCUCACUGAAGUCCUGCCCGCUCUCACAGACAGUGCUGAGCUGGGCAGGAGGGCGGUGCGUCUCCUGGGGAUCAACACCUGGGACGUAGCGGCAGCUCUCACGCACCUGGACUGGAGCCUGUUCAACUCCAUCCAUGAGCAGGAGCUGGUGUACUACACCCUGAGCCGCCCUCCCCGCAGCGGCCACACGGCGGCGCUGUCGGUCCUGCUGCAGCGCUGCAACGAGGUGCAGCAGUGGGUGAUGUCCGAGGUGCUCAUGUGCGUGUCGCUCAGCAAGCGCGUGCAGCUGCUGAAGAAGUUCAUCAAGAUCGCAGCACACUGUAAAGCCCAGAGGAACUUGAACUCCGCCUUCGCCAUCAUAAUGGGACUGAACACGGCCUCUGUCAGCCGGCUCAACCAGACCUGGGAGAAAUGUCCAGGAAAGUUUAAGAAGCUGUUCUCUGAGCUGGAGCUCAUAACGGACCCCUCCCUCAACCACAAAGCCUACAGAGAAGCCUUCAAGAGAAUGAAGCCCCCAAAGAUCCCCUUCAUGCCUCUCUUGUUGAAAGAUAUCACCUUUAUCCACGAGGGAAACAAGACAUUUCAUGACAACCUUGUCAACUUUGAGAAGCUGCACAUGAUAGCCGACACGGUGCGUCUCAUUCGCCACUGCCAAAGUGACCAACCAGGGAACGAGGUAACCGGGGGCGACAGUGCGGAGUUGCGAGCGUGCGUCCACUGCCUGCACAUCAUUGACAAUCAGCAGACUCUCUUUGAGCUCUCACACAAGCUGGAGCCACGCGCCUGAACAGAGACGCACUAUCAAAGCACACACACGCACGCACACACACACACACACACACAGUAAACAAACACGCCCACCGAUACACACUAUUCUUUUGGACCCGUUUGACUGACGCACGGGUCCUGCCCCGCGGGUCCCGGGGUUGGAGGGGGUCCCGAAGGUGCCAUAAGGCGAUCCAGCCCGACCUUUGCCCUGCAUUGGCUCUCAGCUAGAACCCUCCCCCUCGGGGUACACUUCAUAACAGAGGGACCCCCCCCGCUCCAGGCACCGCCCUAUGAACCCACACCCAGCCCGGAGCCCUGCUGGGGGGGGAAGGACCGGGGGGAGGAGCAGGCGGCUGUUGUAACUUGUUUGUACGAUAUCUGUUUGACUGAAUCUUUGUGCUGAUUGGUGCCGUGGAAAAGAGCGGUGGGUAUUCAUGAGUCUGGUCCACUGGUGGGAUGGUUCCUUAAGGAUGUGUUUUGUAUGUCUCAUGGCUCUCUCGGAAGCCUCUCUGAGCACCUGAAGAGGCUUGAAUAAUUUCAGAUUGUAAAGAGCAGGAUUGGUCCUAAAGCACCAUUUUUAGUUGUUUUCUUCUGCCUAACUGAUAUUCUAUCACAUCCUCUCUUCUUUUGAGGCUGGAUACGUACAUAAAACCAUGUCCAUAUUACAAUGAAAACACCUGUCUUGUUGUGUAUGUAUUUUUGUAUUGAUUGAUUUCGCGCUCUUUUUGUUUGAUGCUUGUUUGGUAGUACAACAGCGUCAGCGGCCAGGAGCAGAAGAAAACAUUAAUGUAAAGGCUUGUAAAUGGAGCAAUUGUGUCACGCUUCCGUCCGCCUGUUUUUAAAGUUUUGAGAACGAGAUAAAGAACCGAGUGCUUAACGUGCCGCGGUCCAGCCGUGGACGUUUAUAUUUUUUUUCUAUAAAUUAACUUUCUUCGUCAACUAAAACAAAAACAAAGUGACUGAUCCUGUUUGACUUUGUAUUUUAGUAGCUCUACGUGUCUCUGUGCCAAAAGUCCACCUUGAAGUGGGGUAGAAUAUGCAGUAUGGUUAUAAUUGUGCAACAAAUCACAGCGGCAAAGCUCCUUGGCUCGUACGGAGAUCUCUGCCUUUAUGGUCUUAUUUAUUAUUAUUUGUCUUCCGUUUUUUUCUUAUUCUCCAUUGAAUCCUUCCUGUAGUAAUGUGCAGCCCUAUGGCGACGUGGACCUGUGCGCUCCUGAGUUCACGCGCUCAACGCUUCACACAACGCCCUCAUGACUGAUGUCACUUCAUGUCGGAUGCUUGAUACCCCAUUAUUCUCCUGUGGUUGCUACGGAUACACAGGGCCCACCCACCAUUGUGCUUUAUUUCUCUUCCUUUCGCUAUCUUUUAUUUAAAUGCUCAAUAGGUGUUGUGUUUAUGAUCCAAGCCAAAGCUGAGGUUUCUUUGCUGGACCGGUCGAACUUGGUAUACUAAACGGAUAGUGAAAUCGUAAUUGUUAAACUGAUUAGUAAGCAGUUUAUAACAUUGCUGAAUUACUGACUGAAAAAAAUAUGUGUUUUGUUCACAAAUAUUUCUGUGUACAUGUGUAAAUGAUGCAGAAAACAAAUAGUGUGUUUUGACUGAAUAACACUCCCACUCUACGGUUUAUGUGUGUAACUGUGAUGUCAGUCUGCAUUGCUUCCUCAUCAUUAGGUCUUUUAGUUUCCC